UUCUAAUCACGAGAUCUGGAUCACCUGUGUGACUCCAAGUCAUUAAAUGGAGACAAAAGCCAGGAGGAUUUGCGCAUGCGCAGCGAGGCAGGACGCCCGUGCAGCGGGAUGGCGAUCGUCCCGGCGUCCACGAGACUACUGGAGAGGAGCGCCCACACUGCCUUCAUUGACGGGGACAACACGCUGUACGUGUGGGGGGGCUUCCAGGCCGGCGACGGGGGUGACGUCGUCCUCCCCAGCGACGAGAUCUGGCUAUGCGACCUGCACAGCGGCACAUGGCAGCGGCGGCAGAUGGAGGGCGAAACGCCCCCUCUCCUGAUGGGCUUCUGCGGCUCCUACGUCGGCGGCUCGCUUUACGUCUUUGCGGGCUACGACGGCCAAACGUACAGCAACCAACUGUUCAGCGUGGACCUCACGCAGCAUUGCUACUCGUGGAAGAAGGUGACGGCCGCCAAAGGGACGACGCCCUCGCCGAGGAGCAACCACAGCUGCUGGGUGUACGGGGGCAGGUUGGUCUACUUUGGAGGCUACGGAUGCAAGACGCUGCGAGAGGCCAGAAACAUGGAGUCGUCGAACUUCAUCGUCAGAGAGAUGACUUGGCUCACCAUCGGCGACGUGGUGCUCCGCUGCUGGGGUUGGCACAACGAAGUCAACGUGUUCGACACCCUCGGCGGGGCUUGGAGCGUCCCCGAGAUGAAGGGUACGCCGCUCUUCCCCGGGGACUUCCACGCCAGCGCCGUGGUGGGGAACAAAGGUUACGUCUGUGGCGGCAGGGAAAGCGCCGAGUUGGACCUCUACUGUUUGGACCUGGACGUGUGGAACUGGACUCAAAUCGAGGCCUCGUCGCCCCUCGCGCCGCCGGGCCGCUUCAUGCACACCGUGACGCUCGUCGCGGGUCAGAACCUCUUCGUGUUCGGCGGUCUGUCCUUCGACGGGGAAACGCUCAAUGACGCCUGGCGGUUUGAUACGCUGGCGAGGGAGUGGCGCGAGGUAGCGCACCCCCACAGGGACAAGCCCAGGGUGUGCCACACCGCUUGUCUGGGGAGCGACGACGACCUCGUCGUCUUCGGGGGGAGCAGCAACCUGUCCAUCGCGAUGGAUACGAUCACCAUGCUGAGGUGUGCGUCGCAGACUCACACCGGCGAUGUGCUGAUCGUCCAGACGGAGCCGUACCCCCUCCUCAGGUUGUGCGAGGACUUCCUCGGAAGCAACGCCCAAAUCUUCUCGCCGCACCUCGUCAGGCUGCCGACGAAGCUGCGUGCCAAAAUCGACAAGCGAAUCUCCUUCUUCUCCAAGUCACUUUUGCUCACUUGAAGACUGGCGAUUCACCCCCCCCCGUGCCACAACUUUACUUACUUUACUGUUCAUUUGAAUGCAGCAGUUCUUUAUACUUUUUAACUUUAAAAAAAAAAAUUGUCUUAAUAUAAAUGUUCAGAAAAAUUUUAUCUGCAUGUAUUUUGGAAUUUAUUUUUUGAAUAAAGUUGACUUUUUGUA